CGCCGUAGAAACUCAACACAAAAACCCUAAACCUCUCUCUCUGUAUUAUAAAUUGCCCCCGAAACCUCUGCCUCUCUUCAUCCUCUUUAGCUGCAACUUCUUUUAUUCAAAUCUUUCUUCUCAAAAUCAUCAAACAAUGGAAUUCUGGGGAGUUGAAGUUCUGGCAGGGAAGUCAGUUAAAGUGAAGCCUGAUUUUGAAACACUCAUCCAUGUUUCCCAGGCAUCACUUGAUAAAGGGAAGAAGGGAGAAACCGCUUUGUUGUAUGUGACGGUUGAUGGGAAGAAGCUUGUGAUGGGAACCCUCUCUCAAGGCAACAUUCCUCAGAUUAGCUUCGAUCUCGUCUUUGAGAAAGAGUUUGAGCUUUCCCACAGUUUGGAGAGCGGGAGUGUCCACUUUGUCGGAUACAAAUCCCCCAACAUGCCCGAAGACGAGGAGGACUUCUCUGAUUCAGAAGAGGAGGAGGAAGCUGCAGCAGUUCCUGCAGCUGUCACUGUCAAGGCUGACUCGAAACCAAAGGCCAAGCCUGCUGAGGCAGUGAAGCCUGAAUCAGAUGAUGAUGAUGAUGAUGAGUCUGGCGAGGAGGAUGAUUCUGAAGAGGAUGGGUCAGACUCUGAGAAAGGAAUGGAUGUUGACGAGGAUGAUUCAGAGGAUGAAGAUGAUUCUGAGGAUGAAGAUGAUGAGACCCCUAAGAAGCCUGUGGUGUCCAACAAAAAGCGGCCUAAUGAAUCUGCUGCUUCCAAAGCAUCUCUUUCAGCAAAGAAGGCAAAACCAGCUACACCACACCCGGCUAAAAAGGGUGGAAAGAGUCCUGUGAAUGCUAACCAGAGCCCUAAAUCUGGAGGUCAAUCACCCUCCGGUGCUGGUUCUAACAAGAAGCAAUUCAAUUCUGGCAAGCAAUUUGGUUCUAACAACAAGGGCAAAGGAAAAGGAAAGGGCAGAGCCUAAGUUUUGAAGUUGGGAGUUCUGGAUGAAAGAAACUGGUUUUUGUUUUUAUUUUUAUUUUUUUGUUGUCUUAAGAUUUUUUAUCUAAAUUGCAAUUUUAUAACUAUUAUGUAAUUUCAGUAUGAAAAGUGCUGGAUUGAGAAAGAAUACUUUUUUGAAUCAUGAAACCACUUUACCAUCA